CAUCGCGAUGGUUAAGGUGGCAAUUGCCGGAGGCACUGGAGGUGUUGGCCGAACCAUCCUCGAGGUCUUGAACGCCUCUUCCGACCACCAAGCAUACGUUCUCUCCCGCCAGCCUUCAAGCUCCACUCCCAAUACCCUCACUGUGGACUAUACCAACGUCCCCGGACUCAUCUCUACGCUCGAAACCAAUCAAAUUCACACCGUGAUCUCCGCAUUCGCUGUCGCGGGCGACUCCCUUGCCACGUCCCAACUCAACCUGAUUGAAGCGGCCAUCCAGUCUAAAACGGUACAGCGAUUUAUUCCCAGUGGAUAUGCAAUUCCAUAUCCAGAAGAGAGCUUGAAAGUCCUCCCCCAGCUCAAAGACUACUUCAAGGCCAUUGAAGUUCUGCGCGCCUCCCGCCUCGAAUGGACCAUCUUUGUUAACGGAAUAUUUCUCGAUUACUUCGGCUCUCCGGCUCUCCGAUCAUAUCUGAACCCGAAUGUCUUCGUCCUCGAUUUGGUGAACCAUGUCGCCGCGAUUCCCGGUGACGGCAACGUGCCGGUAACAUUUACUUACACAUUCGACCUGGCGCGGUUUGUUGUUGCAGCAUUGGACUUGUUGGACUGGCCCGAGGAAAGCCGCGUGGUGGGGGAUGAGCUCACCUGGAACGAGUUUGUAGGCCUGGCAGAGGGUAUUCUGGGGACAAAAUUUACUAUCUACCACGAUAGCAUCGAAAAACUGCAGCGAUUUGAGAUCACCGAGUUACCCGGUCAUCGGGCGCUGUACAAGGCUUUCCCGCAAAAGGCAUUCCAGUGGUUCAUGGCGAUUUUCGAGCUGUUCACGGCGGACGGGAGUUCACAGAUUGCGAUGGAGGGGGCAUUGAAUGAGCGAUUUCCGGAUAUACAGCCUUUGACGGUAAGGGAAGUGUUGGAAAGGUACUGGCAGAAGUAGAAGUAAGAGUAGG